AUGCCUGUUUCAACCACAGUGUCUAUAAUACUUAAUACUACGGAUUCAGAUGCUGCAAUCUCUUUUAAUUAUAUGGAAAAUGGUGUAGUUGAAUUUAUGAAAAAAAACUGCUGUUGGGACCAUUACUUGUCUGUAAAUAAUGAGAGAGUCACUGAGAUCCUUUUGUAUUCUGUAGCCAUCAUUCAAAACAUUUCCCGCUUCUUUUCAGUUAAAAGUAGAUGUGGAGAUUCAGUUAAUUGGCUCAUUCCUUUGCUAUCAGUUACAAAAGGAAAUAUUCAUAUUCAUUCCGUCAUGCUUUUAGCAAAUAUGGUGGAUGCCAACAAUAAUGCAGUUCUAAUAAAUGCCCAAGGAUGUAUCAAUGACAUUAUACACAUCAGUAAUGCUGCAGUCCCCGAUAUGGAACAUAAAGGAUAUCAUUUGUGGGAAUUACUUCUCGCAAUAGGAAAGUUAGCCAAAAAUGAUUCUAUCAGGAAAAAGUUAAAGAAAUGUGGAAUGCUGGAUUUAUUGAUGACAUUAAUACAAAAGAAUGAUGACAACAUUCAAGCGCUUGCCCUGAACAUCAUGUUGACAAUGAUAUUGGAUGAUGAUAUUCUUAGCUUUUGCCAUUCUUCAUCUGUUACAAAGGAUCUAAGACCGAUUUUAGAAUCAAUAAAAGAUACUGAUGAUUUCAUGUUGAGCAAUAAUGCUAAAAGUGCUUUGCAGAUAAUUAAUAAUUGA